UGGCCCUCCACCCUUCUCUCUUCUCCUUCAUCUUUCUCUUACUUAUUGCCUCAGCUUUCCAUUUUGUUGAGGCUUUAAACAGGAGGAGUUUCCCACCCAAUUUUAUUUUUGGAGUUGCCUCUUCAGCUUAUCAGUAUGAAGGGGCCGUAAGAGAAGGAGGCAGAGGCUUGACCAAUUGGGAUGUCUUUUCUCACACACACCCAGAGAAGAUUCGUGAUGGCAGUAAUGGGGACACUGCAGUUGAUCAAUACCACCGUUACAAGGGCGACAUUAAACUAAUGAAAUACCUUGGGAUCGAUGCUUAUAGAAUGUCAAUAGAAUGGUCCAGAAUCUUACCCGAAGGUUCCUUGGAAGGAGGUGUGAACAGGGAAGGGAUCGACCAUUAUAACAAUGUCAUCAAUGAACUCCUUGCCAAUGGUAUUCAACCAUUUGUGACAAUUUUCCAUUGGGAUCUCCCCCAAGCACUAGAGGAUGCCUAUGGAGGAUUCUUGAGUCCCAAUAUAGUGAAAGACUACACUGACUAUGUCGACAUUUGCUUUAGAGAAUUUGGAGACAGAGUGAAACAUUGGAUUACAUUAAAUGAACCAUUCUCUUAUGCAUAUGGAGGUUAUGUGGCUGGGUCUUAUGCGCCGGGGCAUUGCUCGUACCCCGAUGGAAACUGUACUAUAGGAAAUUCCGGUACUGAGCCUUACAUUGUUGCCCAUCACCUUCUCCUUUCACAUGCGGCGGCAGUGAAGUUGUACAGGGAGAGAUAUCAAGCGUACCAAAAGGGAGUGUUGGGCAUAAGCCUUAUCACCAAUUGGAUGAUUCCUUCCACUUCUUCGAAGUCCAAUGAUGAUGCUGCCCAAAGAGCCAUUGACUUUAUGUUUGGAUGGUUUUGGGAUCCAAUUGCUUUGGGUGAUUAUCCAUUGAGCAUGAGGGCUUUAGUGGGAGAAAGGUUGCCUAAAUUUACUAAGGAGCAGUCAAUAAUGUUGAAGGGAUCAUAUGAUUUCUUGGGGCUGAAUUACUACACCACCAAUUAUGUGCACAAUGCUCCAAGUAAAAGUAAUAUAGUUAGCUAUAAGACUGACUCACAAGCGAACCAGACAGCGGUGAAGAAUGGCAAAUUAAUCGGCCCACAGGAGGCUAUUGAUUUUCUCCAUGUAUAUCCAAAGGGUCUCGAAGAACUACUCGUUUAUAUUAAGAAAAGAUACAACAAUCCCCUCAUUUAUGUUACUGAAAAUGGCGUUUGUGAGUUUAACAAUGCGUCGAUUCCUCUUAAAGAGGCCCUUAAUGAUCAAAUGAGAGUAGAUUUCUACAAAGGACACACUUACUACCUUCACCGGGCCAUCCAGCAAGGAGUGAAUGUGAAAGGCUACUUCCCUUGGACAUUAAUGGAUGAUUUCGAAUGGGACUUUGGUUUCUCUGUUCGUUUUGGCCUCAUUUUUGUGGAUUACAAGACUUUGAAGAGGUACCCCAAACGCUCUGCUUAUUGGUACAAGAACUUCCUCAAAGGCUAGAUCCACCAUUAAUGGAGCUCAGAGAAAUUACAUGAAUCCUGAAUUGAUGUUUUAAACACAAGUUAGUCACUUCGUGAACUAGUGGCUUUCUUUUCAGAGUUUCUCUGGUAUCUCUC